AUGGGGAGAGUGGUCGUGGGGGUGGCGGUGACGGUGGCUGUAGCGACGUGCGCGGUGGCGGCGUUGGUGGUGGGGCGGAGAGUGAGGAGCCGGCGGAAGUGGAAGAGAGUGGCGAAUGUGGUGAGGGAACUGGAGGAAGGGUGCGACACUAGGGUUGGGAGGCUGAGGCAAGUGGUGGAUGCCAUGGCCGUGGAGAUGCACGCAGGGCUGGCAUCUGAAGGUGGCUCCAAGCUCAAAAUGCUUCUCACAUUCGUCGAUAAACUUCCUAAUGGGACUGAGAGAGGAACGUAUUAUGCACUUCAUCUCGGGGGUACAAAUUUCAGGGUUUUGCGAGUUCAAUUAAGUGGUCAACCAUCUUCGGACUUGGAACAUGAAGUAGAACGACAACCUAUUCCGGAGAAUGUAAUGACCAGCACAAGCCAGGAUCUCUUUGAUUUUAUUGCAUCUUCAUUGAAGGAUUUCAUUGCUAAAGAAGGAGAUGGUUCCAAUAUUUCAAAGGAUACAAGGGAACUUGGAUUUACAUUCUCCUUUCCUGUGAAGCAAAUGUCCGUUUCCUCUGGCAUUUUAAUCAAAUGGACGAAAGGGUUUUCUAUUGUAGAUAUGGUAGGAAGAGAUGUUGCAGCAUGUUUGCAAGAAGCAUUGACACGGAAAGGCCUACAUGUGCGCGUAGCUGCCUUGGUUAAUGACACUGUUGGAACAUUAGCAGUCGGUCAUUAUCACGAUCCAGAUACAGUUGCUGCAAUUAUAAUUGGUACGGGUACAAAUGCCUGCUAUUUGGAACGAGUUGAUGCUAUUAUUAAGUGUCAAGGUCUUCUUAUGACAUCUGGACGCAUGGUUGUAAAUAUGGAAUGGGGAAACUUUUGGUCAUCUCACUUACCAAGAACAUCGUAUGACAUCGAUUUAGAUGCUGAGAGCCCAAAUCCAAAUGAUCAGGGUUUUGAGAAGAUGAUAUCUGGAAUGUAUCUUGGUGACAUAGUGAGACGAGUCAUUCUUAGGAUGACGUUAGAAUCCGAUAUAUUUGGACCUAUUUCUCCAAAGCUUUCUAUGCCUUUCAUACUGAGGACUCCUUUAAUGGCUGCCAUGCAUGAGGAUAAUUCGCCUGACUUGAGAGAAGUGGCAAGAAUCCUUAAUGAUAUAUUUGAGAUUCCCGAUGUUCCGUUGAAGGCAAGAAAAAUAGUGGUGAAGGUGUGUGAUGUGGUGACGCGUAGAGCUGCUCGAUUGGCAGCUGCUGGUAUUGUUGGUAUCUUGAAGAAGAUUGGUCGGGACGGGAGUGGUGGCAUCACUGGUGGACGUAGUAGAAGUGAUAUGAAGAUGAAAAGAACAGUGGUGGCAAUUGAAGGGGGAUUGUAUUCUAAAUAUACAUUGUUUAGGGAGUACUUGCGUGAAGCUCUAAAUGAAAUAUUGGGGGAAGAUAUUGCCAAGCACGUAAUUCUCAAGGUCACCCAAGAUGGUUCGGGCAUUGGGGCGGCGCUGCUUGCUGCAUCCUAUUCAUCCUAA